UUCUAUUCUCAUCAAUACCAGAGUUUGCGAAGGCGAAACCAUCAGACUGAACCCUUUGCUCACGCCAUGCGAUGAUACUACUGCAUCUGCCCAGGCACAUCAGUGACAUCAUCCAUUCUACCAAGACAUGAUGCCCCGGCGCAUUCCCUCCACCGUCUUGGCCAUGGGGCGUGAUGGGCGUGGUCUCCGCGGUCGGGAUUCCAAGUUUGCAGUUGCAGCAACAAGAACACAAGCAGUCUGUGUACAGUGUCGAAGAGAUACCAGUGGGACAUCAUCUGGACCAAGACAUCUCCUCACAUCAAAUGCAUCAAAUGCAUCAAAUGCAUCAAAUGCGGGAGCAACAGAUCGAGGCCUAGCCGGCUCUCGCAACCCCUCGUCGGCAUUUCUCAAAGGACAGACAAGGACUCUGGCCACAGUGCACCACCAUAGUAGGACGAUGCUGUCUAAAUGUGUAUCAACUGCUAACGGACUGAUAGCACAUCUAACAAACAUCGCGGAUCAUGGCCCCAUGCGAGAGUAUGACCUUCGUGUUGCUUCCGGGAGGUUGAGAGAUGAUGAGCAUCAAAGAGGUGGGCAUUUCUGGUAGCACUGCAACAUACCAGUUGCUAACAAAGCGUAAAGGUAUUAUACAAAGCCUACAACAUCUCCACGAUGAGUUGUGUGAUUACGAGGCACCUCCCAUUAUCAAGCCUGCCUUCGAGUCCCUUAAACCAGAACCUGUGUCGGUGUUUGGGCGGGUGUUUGGCGGUACACCAAAGGGAAAAAGACUACAAAAUAUUCCCGAGAACCUCCCUAGAGGUUUAUAUCUCUUUGGUGAUGUCGGAAGUGGGAAGACCAUGUUGAUGGACAUGUUCUACGAGACCCUUCCCGACAAUGUGACUUCCAAAACGAGGAUACACUUCCACAAUUUCAUGCAGGAUGUCCACCGACGCCUCCAUAAGAUGAAGAUGGAGCAUGGAAACGACAUUGAUGCGUUACCUUACAUCGCUGCUGAUAUUGCUGAGCAGGGAAACGUUCUCUGCUUUGACGAAUUUCAAUGCACCGACGUGGCAGAUGCUAUGAUCUUAAGACGGUAUGUUGAGUGCUUCUCAGCGGCCCAGUCUCGUGGGGCUAAUCAUUUUGCAGUCUCCUAGAAGCUCUCAUGUCUCAUGGAGUCGUUCUAGUGACAACUUCCAACCGACAUCCAGAUGACCUCUACCGAAAUGGUAUUCAAAGAGAGUCAUUUGUUCCAUGCAUACAGCUCCUUAAAAACCGGCUACAUGUCAUCAACCUGGAUUCCCCCACAGAUUAUCGUAAAAUGCCUCGACCACCAUCUGGAGUAUACCACUCACCUCUUGAUUCGCAUGCUCGAAGUCAUGCCGAGAAAUGGUUUCGAUUCCUAGGUGAUCCAAAUCAAGAUAAACCACGCUCUGAAACUCAAUACGUCUGGGGCCGUGAAAUCCACGUUCCCAAAGUGAGCGGACGGGCAGCAAUGUUCACUUUUGGCGAACUAAUCGGAAGGCCAACUAGCGCAGCAGAUUAUAUUGAGCUUAUGCGUAGCUAUGACUCCUUCAUCGUUACCGAGGUUCCGGGUAUGACACAUCACCAACGUGAUCUCGCAAGGAGAUUCAUCACAUUUAUCGACGCCGUCUACGAGUCGAGAGCCAAACUGGUUCUAACAACCGCUGUUCCACUUACUCAACUUUUCCUGUCUAAACAGGAAAUCGAAGAUAGUGUCAAGCACAAGAACAGUCAGCAUGAAGGCGCAGAUCUAGAUGAUACCAUGAGAAUGAUGAUGGACGAUCUGGGUAUGAACAUGAACAUGUUGAAACACAGCUCCAUCUUCAGUGGUGACGAGGAACGUUUCGCUUUCGCUCGAGCUCUGUCGAGAUUGAGUGAAAUGGGGAGUAAAGAGUGGAUAGAGCGAGGGAUGGGACUCGAGAAACAUGGUGGUAGGAUGGAGAGAGAUAGCUGGGCGAAGACCAGAAGUAAGCAGUUUGAGGACAGUAUGUGAGGUACUUGACUCAUUCUGCACGAUUUGCACAAUUACAUGCCAACAGAGCUUUUGGGCAUCAGGAAGGACCCAGCACCUAUUAAUUAGAUAAUACCCCCCUUUGUAAUAAUUGUUGUUUUAUGCAUGCUCGUUUUCGCUUCCCCUGUUUAUAUCAUCAUUUUCGUUUCCUCUCCUAGUUGUACUACCUCAGUCAAUGUACCAUCAUCUCGCAUAUGUACCUGUCUACUUGCGUACACUGUAUGUAAUAUCACUCUUCCUUACACACAUACACUAGCUCCACGUACCUGUACGGCGUUAUCUAGCACCACCCUAUCACGCUUAUUCUUCCUUCAACCUACAGUACAUUUGCCCUUCCAUUCCACUCUAUCAAUCACUGCAUUGAACCAGAGGGCACCAGAGGAUUGUCAUCGGGACGUUUGAUACGACCCGGACCAUACCUACCCUGGUCGAAGAGUGUUUUAACGGGGAUGAGAUGGGCAAGCGUAUUGGGCCUUGGUUGGUGCACGCAGGAGGGUUUUAGUGGGGAGCUAAAUUCUUCGAUGUGCAACAAAUGAUGUGGGCUUUUUACUUGUUUGGGGGGUUAGGGGGCGGUUUUUUUUUUUCGUUUUUGGCAUGGUUUGGUUUUGGUUUUUUGGUUUUGGGGUUUGUUUGGGGGCGGAUGGGGUGUUGGGAUGGGGUGUUUG